UUAUCGCGCUGCAAGCGGCCGAGCCGAUUGAUUUGCCUUACAACUGGAAGGGUGAAAGAGGCGCACACAGCACUCUGUUGAUCAUCAAACCACCCUAUUGAAAGGAAAAAUGGGCGACGGCGAAGUUGAUUACAGAGGGAAAUCCAAUAACCCGUUCGACAACGGAAGUGGCGAUUACGAUUUUGUGAUUGACCGCGAAAAACGGGUCACGCGGAUGAUAUCGAUCAACGAGUUUCCACCAAUCAAUCCCUACAAGCCCGUGCCAGCGCUAAUCGAGGAGCCCGAGCCCCUGCCGAGGCCCCCUGCUCGACUCGGUGCCCCCAAAGAGCCCCAAGUGGACGCUCCGACCGUUACGGCCCGAUCGCCCGCACUCAGGAGAAAGGAUAAGGAGCCCAGACCGGUUCCGCGCAAUUCCGUCGAAGAAAAAGAGGAUCAGCCCUCCAACAAAGGGAAACAGGACCUUCAAGAAGGAAAUUUUGAAAAAGUGAAAGCAAAAAGGCCGGAACAGCCGCUGAAAACAGCAGAGGAGUCCCGGACUAGAACGGACAGAAUGGAUUUGCCACGCAGGCCACGAAAUCCAAAGUACACUCGCACCUUCCCUCUUCCGAUGGCUGGACAAGAUCCAAAAUGGCAGAAGGAUGCUGCGGACCAAAACUUUGACUACAUGUUCAAACUCCUCAUCAUCGGCAACUCGAGCGUGGGAAAAACGUCCUUUCUGUUCCGGUACGCGGAUGACUCGUUCACGUCUGCCUUCGUCUCCACCGUUGGCAUUGACUUCAAAGUGAAGACUGUCUUCCGGCACGACAAGAGGGUCAAGCUGCAGAUUUGGGAUACAGCAGGCCAGGAGCGCUAUCGCACGAUUACGACAGCCUACUACAGAGGUGCCAUGGGUUUCAUCCUCAUGUACGACAUCACUAACGAAGAGUCGUUUAACAGCGUACAGGACUGGGUGACGCAAAUCAAGACAUAUUCCUGGGACAACGCUCAAGUAAUUUUAGUGGGGAACAAGUGCGACAUGGAGGACGAAAGGGUAAUCUCGUACGAGCGGGGUAAACAGCUGGCCGAGCAGCUCGGCAUCGAGUUCUUCGAGACCUCGGCAAAAGAGAACAUCAAUGUCAAGGCCGUGUUCGAGCGCCUCGUCGACAUAAUCUGUGACAAGAUGUCAGAAAGUUUAGACACAGACCCCAACCUAAUGAAUGCUUCGAAGGGCACCAGACUCACGGAAACCAAUCAAACCGGGCCUCAGAGUCCCAACUGUAACUGCUAACUGUAAAUAAACCAAUCAGUAUGCUUAAUAUAUCCAUUCCGAGCGGAGAACAAGAGAUUCUAGAGCCAUCAUUUUGCGUUGUUGUAUUUACGUCACGAAGACAUACAUUUAUAGUUUUCUCUCAUCCAUUUCUUUGUUACUGGAUUGCUGAAAUUGUUGUUUGAGGGAAAAGUCCAAAAUUGCUGCCAAACUCGUUACUUGGAUUGAUUUGAAUUUGCAUAUCAGAUGACACACACUUGCGAGAGAUGUGUUUUUCUAUCAAUUAGAUGCAAUCGGGAUGAAUCCAUAUAUUUGCGACCAAAAUUUAUCGCAUCGUGGGUAAAUGUAAACGGGCGAAAGCUUUGUGCAGUUCUGACCUACAAAGCGGUUUCGUUUUGAUGCAACUCUAGCAAUUCGGAUGAUCGCGGUAAUUUAUUUUAAUCUGCUCCACAAACGCGUGGGAAUCAAUGUUAGAAAAUAAUUGUGCGAGGAGGAAGUGUGAAUCUAGUCACGUGUCACUCUCAUGCAGGGUGUUUCUUUACUUGUUGUUACAGAGUUUGUUAGUGCGAGCACUGCUAUAUAUUUACGUAAACGAUCUAAAGUGGCAAACAGGUGAACAUGUAAGUGUUAUUGUGUCUUUUAUUUUUGAUUGCGCGAUUCGGCACCAACCCGUUUUUCGUGAAAUAUAAAUUUUAAGAGUUACUCGAUUCGCUCUACGUAAGCAUAGUAUUAUGCUUACGAGGGAGACGGAACAAACAGCGCCAUGUGACCAAAGCAUUGUAAUUAGCACUAAUGUUAAGAGCGAGUUCCACUACCAGAGCACCACAAUUGGUGAUAGACCAACACAUGAGGGGCAAAGAGCAUGUGUGUCUGAAACAAUAUUCUGUUAUUUCGCCUCCUUGGAGCACAAAACAUUUUGGUUCGUUUCCAUAACCGAAAUGCAAUCCUCAUAAUAUGUAUGCCCUAUCCAAUUGCUUGUACAUACAAUAUUAAAUAACUCUUGGAAAGCGUGUAAUCCAAAUCGACCCGGCGCGUGUACUGCUGUACAAAAAUUCGCUUUCUUCUUCGCCGUGGUGACGAGAAAAUCCGUUUGUCUAUUUUGUCCGCAUUUCUUUCGGAUUUUUUUAUUUUCUCACUCGGAAAAAUCUAACUUAUGGUGUCUGUUUGAUGUAAAACUGGAUUAACACACACACACGUAAAUAAACGAUGCUGUUGCCUCUACGUAAAGAAAAAUAGAUGCGUCUGUCUGUACUGUCUGAUGAUUUAGAAGCAAACUGCAGAGAGUAUAAAAGCAUGAUAUAUUUCAAUUCAGUCAAUUCGAAGGCACAAAGAAAACAUGAAUAUGAGGUCCAAAUGCCUUAUCGAUCUUGUCUCCACUAACUCUCGUGACAUUAGCGGAAAAUACCGAAAAUAUCUGUGUAUAACUUUAUCCCAAUUCCAAUGAUUACAUAACCGCAAAAUAAAAAAAAUCUUAACGCGAGUGAGCCCAAAAGAUAUUUGAUGUUUGAACGGUAAAAUUGCAGUGCAAUUGCUGAUUUUGGUUCUUUUUCAUCUCUUCUCAGGUUAAUCGAGCCUAUCACUUGCUAAUUGUUGAAAACUAUUAUACUGUUAAACGCAUUCACAUGAAAAGUAAUAACAAUAUCCGUUGUUGUUGUUUUUUUCUGGGUGUUUUGCCGUGUGCCAGAGUCGCGGAAGCCGGUCUGCUCGGGUUGUGUCCUUUGGAAUGUGAUUUCCUCUUCGCGGUUGAAAUUCCAAAAUAACAAAAUCCAUCCAUCUGCUGAUCUAUCUGUUUUGCGAAAGGCUUCUUACUCUAAGAGCUCAAUAAGAACGAUUCAAUAAUUGCUGUUGCGUGUCAAAUAAUUAAGGGUGUUUAAAUGUAUCGCAUUUUCAGCCCCCCAAAGAACAAAAAGACUUAGCCCCUCUUAUUUAUUUCCAUUACGCUGGGCCUAAAGUGCGAAGACACAACCCUCAGACGUGGCCGUGUAUCAUUCUAUAAUGUAAAAAUAAAUUCGCCUAUGAUUUCAAGAACGUUGAUAUCGACUUUUGAACAAGAAGUGAGAUUUGCAAUUUAUUAUACGAUAACACUCUUCUGCUAUCACAAAAGUUGUUGUUACUUUAUGAGGCGAGGUGUAUAUCAAAUAUUUAUAAUAAUUGUGAAAAAUAUUAAUUUUUUGAAUAGAAGUAAAUGUGCACAAGCAGCGUAAACACGGAUGUCUAAUUUUGCACGUGAGACGACAGAUAAUUUCAUUCCGUUGAUUGUAAAAAGUUUUUUUUUAAAAAUGAGAUUUUUUAUGUGUCCACCAAUCCACAAUCUCAUUUCAUUGGGAAAACCGAGAAAAAAGCCCGGGUCCUUUAAAAAAGUAAUUAACGCAGUACAUCACUAAUAAUUACGUGAGUACUUAGUUCUGCAACUAGACUCACGAUUUUCAGGAAGAGUCUCUGAGGUUCCAUCUCCUGAUUCCGGUCAAUACAGAACCACACAGAGGACACGAAAUUAAUUAUAUCACUCCUGUGAUGUUUUGUACGGACUAAGGGAGAAAGGAGAGCAUUUCCAAUUAAUAGAGUUCAUGCACAUUCCACGAUCGCAGCGCGGGAAACGUUUCCGCGAAAUUGGCGCUUAGGGAACGUGACCCGUGACCUCGGAGACUUGCAUCUUUUCACAGCGCAUUCUAGAUCGCGGUUAAAAAAUCGUCACCUAGACUCGAAAUUAUGUAAUUCAAACUUGUAAAGAGAAAGUUGAGAACGUGUAAGUGUAAAAAAUUGCAAGCAGUAUAUUGUUGUAAGCGAACCUAUAUACAUACGAUUAAAUAUUAUGAUAAAAUAAACCAACUGCAAAAUCACAAAAUUA